GUUGUUAUUUUGGAUUUUCAAGAGUAAAGGCGGAAUAGUGAAAUAAUUUGCUGUCACAAAAAAAUGUAAAAAAAUCCGCAAUAGAGAAAAAAGAAAAGGAAGAGCACACUCAUUUGAGAAAUGGGCCCACCAACGACUUCACACUAUUUUUCCACUUCAUUUUUCAAGUGUUGAUGGGUGGACGCCAAUCCAAUUCUCUCUCUAAAAUCUAUUUGCCAAAAGACUGCAGAUUUUUGCGUUUAAUCCAAAUUGCGAGCUGCACAAUACUUGUUGCUACAAACAAGAACUAAAAGUUUGGAAAUAUCCAGGAAACUUCUCCCCCUUCCUCUUCUCUCACACACACUCACACUCACAAAAAAGAGCAGGCAGUGGUGUACCAAGUCUUCAUAAUUUAUAACGACUCAUGACUUCAUGUGUAUGAUUGGUGGGGCGUUGUUCUCUUUUUCUCGGUCCUGUUUCUGGUUCCGAGUUUUCAAUUUAUUGCUGAGGAAAGAAAAUCGAAGUUCGCACUUAUUCACGUGUGUGCUUUGUUAACCGGGUUUGAUUUGCUAGACAAAUGUGGAGCUAGCAGGAGCGUAUUUUUCUCCAACCUAAUCAGAAUCCUAUAUUCUGCAAUUCUCAUGCGAGCUGGAUUAUGAGUUACCAACAAGAGAAGAUUGUCAGGUUUCAUGAUUGGAGAUCACACGGAAGGUUUGAUGCACAAUCCUCCUCUAGAGGUGGGGUGGAACUGGGGAGACUUAGAUCAGCAGCGUACUCAGUUUCCAACAAGUUUCAGAGAGGGUUUGAAUAUGGCUCAGAGCGAAUUAAAAGAAUCACUGGAUCAUUGAGAUCCUUUUCUGUGGGAAAGUUGAAAGCAGAUGAUAAGGGAUCUGGGAAGAAAAUUCUGGAUCCUCAAGGAUCAUUUCUUCAAAAAUGGAAUAAAAUUUUUGUUCUGUCAUGCGUGGUUGCAGUGUCAUUGGACCCCUUGUUUUUCUACAUACCAAUUAUAAAUGGCGAGAAGAGGUGCCUUGAGUUGGACUGGAAAUUGGAACUUAUAGCUUCUGUUCUACGAUCCUUUACGGAUAUCUUUUACGUCAUCCAUAUCAUUUUUCAAUUCCGUACUGGUUUUAUUGCCCCUUCUUCUCGUGUGUUCGGAAGAGGUGUUCUUGUUGAAAAUUCGUGGGAAAUUGCAAAGAGAUAUCUGUCUUCCUACUUCAUAAUUGAUAUUCUUGCAGUUCUUCCACUUCCACAGAUUGUAAUAGUGAUCAUCGUACCCAAAUUGAAAGGUGCAAGGUCUUUGAACACAAAGAAUUUGUUAAAAAUCGUGGUGAUUCUGCAAUACAUUCCAAGGGUUCUCCGAAUCCGUCCUCUAUACAAAGAAGUCACAAGAAGUUCUGGCAUACUCACUGAAACAGCAUGGGCCGGAGCUGCCCUCAAUCUUUUUCUUUAUAUGCUCGCCAGUCAUGUGAUUGGAGCCUGUUGGUAUGUGCUCUCUAUAGAGCGUGAAACUACCUGCUGGCUAAAAGCUUGUGGAGAUAAGUCUGAUUGUAGGAAAGCUUCCUUUGAUUGCCAGGCUGAUCAUGCUGGUCUGCAUCAAAUUUUUAACGAAUCUUGCCCUUUUCAGCCACCUGAUGCUACCAUUUUUGAUUUUGGGAUAUUCCUUAAUGCCCUUCAGUCUGGUGUUAUUGAAUCACAAGAUUUUCCCAUGAAGUUCUUUUAUUGUUUCUGGUGGGGACUGCAGAAUCUAAGUUCUCUCGGACAGAACCUUAAAACAAGUACCUAUGUUUGGGAAAUUUGCUUCGCAAUUUUCAUAUCCAUAUCUGGCUUGGUUCUAUUCUCAUUUCUGAUUGGAAAUAUGCAGACAUAUCUGCAGUCUACAACACUGAGAUUGGAGGAGAUGAGGGUGAAAAGACGAGAUGCAGAGCAAUGGAUGUCUCACCGUCUCCUUCCUGAGAGUUUGAGGCAGCGGAUCAGGAGAUACGAGCAAUACAAAUGGCAGGAAACUAGAGGUGUCGAUGAAGAUAAUCUGAUUCGCAAUCUUCCCAAGGACCUGAGAAGAGACAUAAAACAACAUCUCUGUUUAGCUUUGCUUAAGAGGGUGCCAAUGUUCGAGACAAUGGACGAUCAACUCUUGGAUGCAAUGUGUGAUCGUCUGAAACCAGUUCUGUACACCGAGCACAGCUACAUUGUGCGCGAGGGGGAUCCAGUGGACGAGAUGCUGUUUAUCAUGCGCGGCAAACUGUUAACAGUGACCACAAAUGGAGGGCGGACGGGGUUCUUCAACUCAGACAUUCUAAAAGCGGGUGAUUUCUGUGGGGAAGAGCUGUUGACAUGGGCUCUAGACCCAAAUUCAUCAUCCAACCUCCCCAUCUCAACCAGAACCGUCGAGGCCCUUCUAGAAGUAGAAGCGUUUGCUCUCAUGGCUGAUGAUCUCAAGUUUGUGGCCUCCCAGUUCAGGCGGCUGCACAGCAAGCAGCUGCGUCACACAUUUAGGUUCUACUCGCAGCAGUGGAGGACGUGGGCGGCUUGUUUCAUUCAAGCAGCAUGGAGGCGUUGCACGAGGAAGAAGAUGGAGGAAGCUCUUCGUGAAGAGGAGAACAGGCUGCAGGAUGCAUUGGCCAAAGGAGGUGGGAGUUCCCCUAGUUUGGGAGCAACCAUCUACGCAUCGAGAUUCGCAGCCAACGCUCUUCGUGCACUGAGGCGCAACGGUGGUAGAAAGACGAGGGUAUCACCUAUGCUUCUGCUGAAGCCAGCUGAGCCAGAUUUCACUGCUGAACACAAAUGAGCAGUCUAGUGUUGUGUAGUAGGAUAUAUAUAGGAGCCUUGUGAGUAUUAUGUUUGUAUGAUUGUAUCCAUAUAUCCAUCUUUAGGCUUCUUUUCAAAAUGUCAACUUGGACCUGCCAUCAAUGGUUGGGUUGGGUUUCUUCUUCUUGGAAUGCCUUGGCAUCAAAGUUGAGCCAUGCUGCAUUUGUCUAA